CGUUCUUUGCUUACAUAUCAAUCAAAUCCACAGCACAGACAAAUUUCAUUUUCCAGAAGAAGAAAAAAUGGGUACAGUUCCUACACCACAUUUUGUUAUCUUUCCUUUUAUGUCUCAUGGCCACACCAUUCCUCUUCUCCACCUCGCCACCCUUUUGCGCCACCGUUUCGUCGCCGUCACCGUUUUCACCACCCCUGCAAACGCCCCCUCCAUUCGUGAUUUUCUACAAGAUGAAACCAUCUCCGUUAUUGAGCUCCCUUUUCCUAAAGACGUAGAUGGUAUUCCUCCUGGUGUUGAAAAUACUGAGAAGCUUCCGUCCAUGUCUUCUUUCUAUCAAUUUGCGAGAGCUACUAAGCUGAUGCAGCCGCUCUUUGAGCAAGCUUUACUGGGUUUACAGCCAGCAACAUGUAUAAUAUCUGAUGCAUUUCUUGGAUGGACUCAACAAUCUGCUGAAAAUUUUGGUAUCCUGAGGUACUUUUUCUUUGGUAUGAGUAUUUUCGCCACGACCCUAUACCAAGUUCUUGGCAUAGAACGUCCUCAUGCCGAAGCUAUUCCAAACGUGACUUUUACAUUUUCAAGCUUUCCCUGGUUGAAGCUCACCAGAAAUGAUUUUGAGCCUCCUUUUGGAGAUCUUGAGCCCAAAGGUCCAGCCGUGGACUUUAUGUUAGAGCAAGCUGUUUCCCUAGCAAAGAGCCGUGGCAUGAUAACCAACAGCUUUUACGAACUGGAACCAAGAUUUGCAGACUAUUGGAACCAACACCUCGGACCAAAGUCCUGGUGUGUUGGGCCUCUUUGCCUAGCCAAGCAGCCCAUGACACCAAACAUAACACACCCCGACAACAAACAUGAAACAUGGAUGCAAUGGCUCAACAGUAAGUUAGCCGACAGACAACCUGUUCUGUACGUCGCAUUUGGUACUCAGGCAGAAAUUUCCGCCGAGCAAAUACAAGAAAUUGCUAGAGGACUAGAAUUAUCAAACACGAUUUUCUUAUGGGUGACAAGACCAAAAGUUUUGGAGAAUUUAAAAGGGUUUGAAGAGAGGGUAAAAGAUAGAGCAUUGAUAGUGAAAGAAUGGGUAGAUCAGAGUGAGGUGUUAAGACACAAAAGCAUCAAAGGAUUUUUGAGUCACUGUGGAUGGAAUUCUGUUUUAGAAAGUAUAUGUGCCAAAGUGCCGAUUUUGGCACUACCCCUUAUGGCUGAGCAGCAUUUAAAUGCAAAAUUUGUGGUUGAGGAAAUUGGUGUCGGACUACGGAUUAUGCCAAAGAAUGGAUCAACGAGGGGUUUUGUGGAAGCGGAAGAGGUUGAAAAAAUGGUGAGAGAGUUAAUGGAAGGUGAAAAGGGAGAAGGGGUGAGGAAGAAAGUGAAGGAAAUGGGAGAAAAUGCAUGGGAAGCUAUGAAAGAAGGUGGUUCAUCUUGGUCAACAUUAAGCCUCCUUAUUGAUGAUGCUUGCGGCGGAAAAUAAGUUUUAAUUGAUGUUUAAAAGCCAGCUUUGGGCAUAUUUGUGGUCAAUAAUAAGCUGUUUGCUUUAAUCAUGCUAUCAAAUAAGGAGUUUGUAGCUUAUUGAUGUUGUAUGCUGUGGUUAGCUUAUUGUUAAUGCUACAACAUAUAGGUGGGCUUGCAGCUAAGAGUCAUUUUGGGCACCUCUUGUGUAAAUCUUUCUCCUACUAUAUAUGAAAAUCUCGAUAUAAGGGUUCCAUCCUUCUA